CGAGAAACGGGCCCCCGGUCACUUGUCUACGCAGUGCACACAGCGCAUGCCAACAGGUUUUGCUAAUUCAACUCAGCUACAUAAGAGCGAUUUUUUGAUCAUUUUCUAGAAAACUUGUUUCGCAGUAUCCGAGCUAGAGCAUUGGAGAUUACAAUGAGGUGUCGCUCAUGCUUCAAUAUAAAAACGUCAAGAGUAUAUAUUACCUUUUUCGUGUGAGUAUGAUGGAGCAUAAUAAUGACGCCUUUCGAGCGUAAUAGUGAGACUCUCCGACCAUCGAGCAUUAGCACAAUGGUAAAAAAUUUGAGCAUAAUCUGUAAAACCUGACAGCUGGGGGCCUCUAUGGUGAUUUUUCGAACUUUCUCGGUUCCGAAAAAGCUUAAGUGCUGCAGAAGGUUUUAUCAAAGGUUGAAUUAUAUUUCGGACUCGUCUCUUUCAUCGAUCGCCUUUUCCAAAGCAAAGCCAAACUACGUGUAUUAAAUUUUGAGGGUAGCUGAAUAGGGGUAAGGACAACACCAAAUCCUCAUUGAGACGACCAAAAGGUGGCCAAUGACAAUAACUGACAAAAAUUUCGGGACUUGACCGCUUAACAGGAGGUGGCCGCUAAACAGGUGGCCGCUUGAUGGAGGUUCGACUGUGUAUGCUGGAUUUCCUGUAGAUUUGGGGCAGAAUUUUGCAAGCCUUUUGGAGUAAUUUUGCGUGUCUGUUAGAUUCAAAUCAUGAAUAUCAACGAGAGCCUUUUGUUUCUCUGGUUGGCAAUAAGAAAUACCUAAUCUCCUGGAUCUGAACUUCUCAAAAUUCCCAUGUUUAAAUUUUUCUAGAAACUAUGUCAAGCAGCCUUAUUUUCGAUCCGGUAUUCGUUUGUGUUUUGUUGUUGUUGACAUGUCGCGGAGCAACCAUAUUUUCCGGCGACUCGAUGUACAAUAUGACGUAAGAUCUCAAUCAAAACAAAAGAUGUUAUUGUGAUCGUCUACUAGAAGUAUAAAGCUAUCUGAAAACAUGCAUGCAAGCUUUUACCGCCUAAAGAUGAUUUAAGUUUGUCUCACCUCUGUCGUGUCAACUAAGACCCCUUAGCUGCACAGUUUCGUGAUGGGAAAUUCUGUCGACUGUUGCUACACUACUCGCCAGUACAAUCAGUGUUUGUUCCCAUGUAUUCGUUCGUGUUCGUACACCAAUCGGCGAGUGUGGUACAAUUACGAUGGACUGGAAAGCGUGCAACCUUUGAUUGACAUCAUCAAGCCCGAGAGAUGUGUCAUUCACAAGUUCCCGAGGACAUUGGUGGACAUCAAUGAAGAUAGGGAAAUAGAUAGUGCACUGAAAUCAGGGUUAAAUUCCCCAGGACAACUUGCCGCCAUUUGUCGCUUUGCCAGCAACUACGGUUACCGCGUGCGAGCUGUGGGGACUGGGUCCUCGUGGUCACGACUGACGAGUACGCGUGAUAUUUUAAUUGACAUGAAAAAUUUAAAUCGCAUUUUAACCGCAAAGCCGACGAACAGGAACGACAACUUGCAGAAAGAAUACGUGGACAUUGAAGUAGAAGGAGGAAUGCAGGUGCUCAGUUUUGUGGAGAAACUGGACAAAGUUUACGGACUGGCUCUACCCAUGAUGGGCAACUACGCUGGACAGACUAUGGCAGGAGUCGCCAGUACAUCGACGCAUGGCUCUGGAUAUUUUGCUGGGACAAUGUCUACUUCAGUCGUCGGUUUUCAUCUCAUCAUUUCAAACGGCAUCCAAGUUAGGCUGAGCCACGGAGACGAGACCUUUGACCAGUGCCAGGAGAAACUCAAGCAUGCGCAAUUUGGAGGUGGUGCUGUUGAGGUAAAAAGCACCGAGGUGUUCCGAGCAGUUGCUGUAGGCCUGGGCUCCAUGGGUAUCAUCUACUCGAUAACGUACCGCUGUAUUCCUGUAUACAACAUCGAGGAGGAACGGACCGUCGUACGGAUUGGGUGGCCCGGGAAGGAGUCGUUCCAAGUGAAACACAAAUUUGAACCGAUGUUUACUGAUAUCGCGGAAGGGGAAUUUUUCUCGUUCUUUGUGAAUCCAUACCCUGAGCCAAAAAGUUCUAAGCACAUUUCCACCGGGCUCAAUAGGACCAACUCAUUUUUGGAAUUUUUCUUGCUUAUCUGUUCUGAGCAGCUAGAUUUCCACCGGGCCAGGAGAAGCCAUGGGCUUCUGGCCUUGCUCAAUAGCAUUUUUCCCUACCAUGUGGAGUAUUGUUUUUCAAUCUUCUAUCUUCAUAAUUAUUAUCUUCCUUGCAGCGUGCGCACAGCUGAAUUCUGUUUGCCGCUGUCCCAGUUAGAUGAGGCUUUAGGUGACGUCAUCGACGUAGCCAAUCAUUACGCUGAGAAGUUUUCCCAGUAUUCGUUGUUGCCGAUCUACGUACGAAUAGUAAAGACAGAUGACUUGUAUCUGAGUCCUGCUAACGCCAAAUGUCCAGAGGGUGGAACCAACGAGCAUGCCUGUUACGUUGAGGUUCCCUUUCUACCCGGCGCAUUUGGCAUUGAAGAAUACCAUAAGACCAUCGAGGACAGACUGUAUGAGAAAUUCAAAGCCAGACCUCACUGGGGCAAAAAUCACCACCUGAACACGGGCAGAGUUCUCCAGCUGUACCCGGAACUCGAGCAGUGGAAGAAAGUCUUCAGACUUUUUAACGCGACAGGAAUAUUUUGCAACGAGUUCACGUACUACAUGGGCUUUGACACGUGCCUGGCGGACCUUGUGAAGUUUGACAAUCGCGCUGCAAGCAUUGGAAUUGAGAAUGACGGGCUUACUGAGGAGGACGUUAUAUCGAUUGAACCCACAAAAUAGAAGACGGCUUCCCUUAGCGGGUUUUGUAUGGCCACGCCCGUUUGAAAUGAUGCUGUCAAUAUACCUCAUUUUAAACGCCAGGGGCCCGUUUCUCGAAGGUCCUGGAAAGUAUUCGCCCCUGGAAAGCCGUGUAGUAGCAAAAUCUCAAACCUUAUGAUUACAGAGCUGUUUUAUUCACAUAUUUUUAGUAUAAACAGAGGUUCCA